AUGGAGGUGCAUACUUAUGAAGUCCUUGCGUACUUUUUGCCCGCAUCCCCUCCAAAUGUAAUUCCCACUCUUACGAGUGUGGUUAUCACACUUACCGCAUCCAAUUGGUUCGUCACCAUGGAUCCUGCUAUCCCAGAUGGUGUCCCCACCGACAUCUAUCAGCUCCCCGCUGCCCCUCCCACUAUUGGGCCCUGCUACUGUGGUAAUCGGAUGCAAGCAUCCGAUGAAUCAGAAGGCGAAUGGGACGCCUACUGGGAAUGCACGGCGGUCUGUAAAUUGUGGAAACGCUUCAAGAUCCAGCAAGAAAUUGUCAAUGGUCCACGAGUCGAGUUCUAUCUGUUCGUUGAAACUGAGCUCGAUUUGGACGAAACUCCAUUGCUCGAAAGAGUCAACAUUCCUGAUGUGCCUCCCAUUUGGGAGAGAAGAAUGCUCAUGGUCAGAGUAGAGAGGACCACUCCAGUGGAUGUUCGUCCAGACCAAGAUGACCUUGGGUACAUCAGGAGAUUCUUGAAGACUCGCUGCCAUGACGAAAGUCAAUGGAUCGGCCGUUUUGGCAAUGACAAUGACCUCGAUGGUUAUGAGACCUGGGAGGCUGGGGACUAUACCGACUACGACUUCAUCGAGCCCGAUGAAGGAGAACUUGGAGAUGACGAGUUCGACGAGUCUGAUUCUGACAACGACGAGUAUGAUGAUGCCUCCGAGGGAUAUGAUAGUGAUGAUGAUGAUUUCGACGAGAAGGACGAGAAGUAUGGUGCCGAUGAGACUGAGACCGAGGGUACCGACAAUGAAGAGGAACACUUCAACGAAAAGCAAACUAGCGACCAAGAAGACGUUGAGGAGGAGAAGGAUGAGGAGACUGACGAUGAUGAAUACGAGGGCAAGUAUUGGGGGCUUCAUAUCGAGAGGGAGAGCAAGAUUGCGAAGCCGUGGAUGAACGAGCCUUUGAAGAUGUGA